AUGAAUUAUUUUGCUCUUCAUACAUAUCCAUUGUAUAACAAAAAAGGAGAACGAUAUUUCGUGAAAUUUAACUUGAGGACGGAGAUCGGUCUAUAUAACUUAACAAAUGCUGAAGCAUCGACCAUCGUUACGGAGAAUCUUGACUACUAUAAUGCAGAUUUGUAUAACGCAAUUUCAAAAAAGAACUAUCCAGCGUGGAUACUUGAAAUGGAUAUUCUUACGGAAAAAGAUUUAACUACGGUAGAUUAUAACCCAUUUGAUAUUACUAGCUUGUGGCAAAGAGGAACUUACCGCACGGUUCCUAUUGGACGGCUGGUUUUAAAUCGAGUCGUUGACAAUAACUUCAAAGAUAUUGAGCAGUCUGGGUUUAUCCCAAAUAAUUUGGUACCGGGAAUAGGGGAACCUCCAGACACUGUUUUUAAAGCCAGGAAAAUUUUAUAUGAAGACGCUUUAAAUUAUAGAUUGGGAGCCAACCACGCGAAAAUAAGGGUGAAUGCACCUGUGUACGAGAAGUCAUACAUCAUAAACGGUGUGCCACCUGUUUUGGAUAACAUGAAAGACGCGCCAAAUUAUUACCCUAAUUCCUUUAAUGGACCUAUGCCCUAUAUUGAAGAAAAUCGACCAAGAGAUAGAAUAAUUCUUCUUCACAAGAAUGCAGUGGACUUGCAACCUCCAGCUGAUUACUACAAUGAAAUAGUUAAGUCUGAUGCUCACAGGCAGAGAAUUGCUGAUAAUUUAGCACGGACUCUGGUCGAUGUGGUUCCAGAUGUUGUUAAAAAAGCUCUCCAGAUGAUUACUUUGGUUGAUAUAGAUUUAGGCUGGCGUGUGAGACGGUCACUUAGGGUAUUGAAGGCAGCAAAGCCGCAUCAGAGACAAAAGGAAAUGGCAGAAUGUAUAUUUGAUGCGAUGGAUAUUACCAAACCCUAG